AUGUCUGACUGCGGUCCUCAGUUUACAGCCUCAGAGUUUAGACAAUUUGCACAUGAAUGGAACUUUACUCAUGAGACAUCAUCCCAGUACUACCAUCAAUCAAAUGGCCAAAUUGAGCGCACUGUACAGACUGUUAAAAAUAUUUUAAAAAAAUCUUUAGAAGAUAAUUCUGAUUAUCGACUUGGGUUGUUAGAAUGCUUAAAUACACCAGUUAGCAAUAUCAUACCCUCACCAGCAGAACUGCUUCAGAGUAGAAAGUUUAGAAGUAUUGUUCCAACGCCUGUUAAAUUAUUUAAUUCUAAAUCUCACGUAAGUACGCAACAUAAAUUGAGAGUUAGGCAGCAAAAACAAAAAAUGUACUAUGACAAAGGUUCUAGAAAUUUGAUUCCAUUGAGUACUAAUCAAAAAGUUAGGAUCUAUGAUUCUCUAAAAAAUAUUUGGGUUUCAGGCAUAAUAUUGACUAACUUAGGCAAUAGGUCCUAUAGAAUACGUCUGCUUAAUGGAAAAGUAAUAGUGAGGAAUAGACGGCAUAUCAUAAAGGACCUCUCACCUGCACAGAAUCCUCCUCAAGAGUACAACUUUGAUUACGAUCAUAUUAUGUAUCCAUGUCAAUAUACUAAUGUUAAUAAUACCUGUACAUCAUCUGACUUAUAUGUUACUUGUUCUGGCAGGACGGUGAGACCUCCGAAUAGAUGGGGCUAUACAUAA